UUGGAAAAAAUUGAAGUGAACAAGUAUCAGGAUUUUAUUUUUUAAUCUGUUAAAAGAGGUAAGAGCUUUGGGCUGGAGCUGGAGCUCUGUGAGUGUGGGAAGGAGCUCAGGAAAGCAUGGAUCACAUAGGAUCUCACCACCACAUCCAUCAGACCCAUGCAGAACCCAUCAGCUUUGGCAUUGACCAGAUCUUGAACAAUACAGACCAGGGCAGCUGUAUGAUCUCCAGACUCCAGGACUCAGACUAUGGAUUGGGAUGCAUUGUAAGCAGUGCCUACAACACCAUGACCGCUGGCAACUAUAACAACAACAGCACGGGGGGAUACAGUAACAAUGCCUGCAGCAUGGCAUCUUUGACUGGCUCCUACAAUAUGAAUGUGGGCAUGAACAUGAAUGGGAAUAACCUGAAUUCAGCUGGUGUGAUUAGGGUACCAGCUCAUAGACCUUUGGCUACAAGUGUCCACCAACCCAUGUCCACUGGCAUACCCACUGUACCCAGUGUAGGGAAUAUGGGCAACAUGAACAAUCUCACAGGAUUAACCUUCCCCUGGAUGGAGAGUAAUAGGAGGUACACCAAGGACAGAUUCACAGUGGCCCUCUCACCCUUCACUGUAACACGCCGUAUAGGUCACCCCUACCAGAACAGGACUCCCCCCAAAAAGAAGAAACCCCGGACCUCGUUCACCAGACUGCAGAUCUGUGAGCUGGAGAAGAGAUUUCACCGACAGAAAUACCUGGCCUCAGCCGAGAGGGCAGCCCUGGCUAAGGCUCUCAAAAUGACAGAUGCCCAGGUCAAAACCUGGUUCCAGAACAGGAGGACGAAAUGGAGAAGACAGACAGCGGAGGAGAGAGAGGCAGAGAGACAGCAAGCAAACAGAAUCCUAAUGCAACUUCAGCAGGAAGCCUUCCAGAAAUCUAUAAACCAGCCCCUGCAGCCAGACCCCAUCUGUAUCCACAACUCCUCUCUGUUUGCCCUGCAGAACCUCCAGCCUUGGUCAGAUGACACUUCCAAAAUCACCAGCGUCACAUCUGUAGCCUCUGCAUGUGAAUAACCACAAUUAUUACA